AAUGAAAACCUCCUCUACGUACACAAUGAGGAAGGCUACAACCUCCUUCAAAAGGUCGUGGGUAUCAACAAUGUGGAGAUGGUCAGGUGGUGCCUCACACGGAAUGUGGAUGUCAACCGAGGAGUUUGCUCUCUACCCCUUCAUAUAGCAUGCCUCAGAGGAUACGAGGACUGUGUUGAAGUGCUGCUCAAACAUGGGGCCAGAAUUGAUGUUGAGGCCCGAAUGUGCUGGCCUGGGCCACACAACCAGAACUGUGAGCAGCGGGGAAAGUACUGUGUGCCUGAUGUGGCAAUGGGGGACAGAUCCAGUGAUAAAUUACAGAAUGCUAUAUAUUAUGCCAUUGAUGGAGACCAGGUCGACAUACUGGAGUUGCUGACCCAGCAAGGAGAGGACCAUUGGUUACCUUGGCAACAGAAACGGCCUUUGCUCCAUAUUGCCUGUGAACGUGGAGCCUGGAACUGUGUUAGGUAUUUAGUGUUAGAAAGGUCUGAUGAGAUCAACCAGUGCUACGAUGAGUACUACCCCAUCCACCAAGCGGCACUCCACGAUCUUAAAUUCCUCGACCUCCUUAUUCAGUGCGCAGCCGAGACCACUGUGCGCACCUACACCCAACAAAUGACCCUCCUCCAUGUGGUUUUCCUGUUAGGCAAGAAGAGUGCUGAGGACACUUUAGAGACAGUAAAGUUGUUACUCCAGCAUGGCUUGAAAGAACACAUAAACACUGCUGACUCUUUGGGCAAUACACCUCUCCAUGCUCUAAUUGUUCGAUAUGCCCUGGAGGAAGCUCGCUAUGGCUAUGACCUCGAUCCUCCUCCAUGGAACAAAUGGGAUAUGCUCCACAUUGUCAGAUACCUACUCCAAAAUGGGGCAUCUCCUAGUAUCAAUCAGCCCGGGAACUCAGCCCUGGCGUGUGUGCUGAGACAUGUGCGCGACUGGGAGUUCCGCUAUGAAUUGCUGGACAUGCUAUUACACUAUGGCGGAAACCCCAAUCUUGUAGGCAGGGAUGGUUCGGUGCCUCUCAUGGUUUGCUUAGUCCCUCUGAUCAACAAAGAUCCACUGCACCAUUUUACCCACACAAUGAAGGUAUUCUACUUAAACUGUGUGAGGAUACUGUGCAAACAUGGUGCUAAUCCGAACUGCUCAUCACGAUCAAACCUCACACCUCUGCAUGUCCUGAUGUUCACUGCCAGUGAGAAUCUCUCUCUCUCUCGAGAAGAGGAUAAAGCAGGUGCUUUCACGUUUAUUCGGCAGCUACUUGUUAUUCUUCUACAGCAUGGUCUUGAUCCCAACGUAAGGUUCAGUCAGCGGACGCAACAUAUCCUGCUGUCUUUGAUGGACAUGGUACAAAAUGCCAGAGCCCCGAGUGAUCUAGACCAUGUCUAUGACUUGACGACAACCCUUCUGCAAUAUGGAGCCAAUCCCAACAUUAACAUUUCUACGACCGAACCUAUGAUCUGCCAUUCCCAGUCAUCUGUCUUCCUAAAAAAGUCAUCCAAUCAGGUACUUUAUUAUUAUGUGCAGCUGUUAAUUAGGAAGGAAGAGCUGCUGAUUGACCCAGACCAGAGGUUUGCUCGGCUGCUGCACCUCUACUACUUGGCCAUGGACCACAAAGAGUUGCACCAGUGUCUCAAGAUCCUGUACACUCAGACGUCACUUGUGCCCAUGAAGCGUCCCUUGACACAGGUUCUGAGAGACCUCUACACAAAACCCAGGACCUUGAAACAAAUAUGCCGAGUAAUCAUCUAUGAUUCCUUGGAGAGAAGAACCACCCAGAAUGUCAAUAAACUACCACUUCCAGGGAUACUGAAAGAUUAUAUUCUGAACUUUGAUCCUUGAAGAUCUAAUGGGUAGAGCUUAGGAUCAGUGGAAUGUUUAUGAAUCUUCUCAGAUAGAUGACCUUGUUGAGAGGGCUCCAAGAGCAUCAAUAAUAGAUAGGUUGCUAUUGAGCCUUGAUAUUCUCCUCUCUUGUUGAUAUGUGAUUUAAGUAGGAAAAGGCUGCAGCCUAAACAGUGAAGUUUGUAGUAGCUUCCAGGUUUGUGUACGAAGCUAUGGAUUGCAAAAGCAUCAGUGCUUAUAUUAUGUCAUGUAUAAUGUGAUAAAAAUAAGUUGGUAUUCUGUUGAAAAAGCUGUUUGGAAAUCUGCUCUGUUAGGCAUCUAUAGAGAUUAAUGUCCAGAAGGACACCAGAGUGAGUAAAAUGACAUUAUAAACUGUCCAGAUUUUAAUUAAAAGCUUUAGUAUAACUCCAUGAGCUUUCCUAGUUAUCUGAUGUAUAUAUGGUGUAUAUAUUGAAUGAUGUUCUGGCAGUGGUGCUCGAGAUUUAUUUGGUGUAUUCGUAAUUUUGCCUAUUGUGUAGUCAAGAGACCCUGUGUCACUGGUAUAAUGUACUGGAGAGAAUAUGAAAAUUAUCAAUACAUAAUGCUGCAGGAUGAUGAAAAUAAAAAAAACAUUUUAAAAAAUCUUUAAAAAAAAGCAGUGGAUAGUGCAACAUAUAGCUUUUAAUAGAACUCCUGUGCUUUAUAUGCUGAAGAUGGACUUUGUGGUAAAUGCUGUUUUGCUGUUGGAUUUAUAUGACAACCAUGUUGCAGGUGUAGUGAUGAUAUGAGAUAGAUGAGGCAAUUCAUCCAAGGAAGAGCCUCCUCCCUUACCAGACCUUUGUUGAUUUUUUUUCUCUUUCACUCUUUCUCUCCCUUUCUCUCUCCUUAAACAGUGUCAGAUAUAUGGUUGGUUUAAGUUACUGAAGGGAAGUCCAAUAUUAAUUUAAUGGAAAUUUAACCAAAGAUAUAAAAAAAAAAGAUAUUUUUAAAAAUUUAUGUUGUAAACUAUUUACCCAAGUUUAAUAUUUGGGCAUUAAUUUGUUUAAUUGCAGAGGUAUCUGUUGAAAUCUUUACUUGAAGAACUAUUAGAAUUUUUGUAAAUAGUGUGAAAACUCUGUUGCAUGAAUAUGGUAAUUUGGUUUAUGUAAAUUACCUUCAGAUUUGUUAUUAAACUCUCAGUUUUA